AUGGUGAAGGUGACUGUGGGAAAAGCCGAAGACCCCUGGUGCGAGAUCGAACUCACAGAGGAGGAUGUGGAGGACUGGAAAAAGGGUGUAGACAUCACCGAGGAGAAGCUGAAGGAGGUGAUCCAGUUGCCACCCAUCACCCUCGACAACUGCCAUGAGCGUGAGGACGGUGAUCUGCAGUGGGACGAAAUCACUUUCGAAGAAGAGGUGAACGGAAAGUACUGGCAUGCGGUCAUCAUGGCUUUGCAUCGCAUCCGCGAGGACUUUGUCAAGAAGCAGCGGAAGAUGAAACAUUUGGACUGGUACAUGACCAUGAAGAAGACCAGUGACAAGCGAAAUGCCAAGUACUACGUUUGA